AUGUUGCUGGUGACUGCAGACACUCUGGGACAUGACUUCCACGUGUUCCAGAUCCUCACUCACCCCUGGGCCUCGGUGCAAAGCGCGGUCCAUCACCUCUACACACUGCACCGCGGCGAGACCGAGGCCAAGGUGCAGGACAUGGUGUUCAGCCCGGACAGCCGCUGGGUGGCGGUGAGCACCCUCCGUGGCACUACACACGUGUUUCCCGUGAACCCGUACGGUUGCGCUCCCAGCGUCCGCACACACAUGUCGCCGCGCGUCGUCAACCGCAUGUCGCGCUUCCAGAAGAGCGCAGGACUGGAGGAGAUGGAGCAGGAGCUGAACCGAGCCCCAGGUGGAGGAGGAGGAGGAGGAGGCGCGUGCAUCCUGGGAGGAGCAGGAGGUUUAGGAGGACGAUGCAGCCCCAUCCCAGGCCUGUCCAGCAGCCCCUCUGGGUCUCCACUGCACGCUCGCUCCGGUCCCCGUUCGGAGAGGACUUUCCUGGGGUCAGCUGCCCUGCCUGACCUCCAGGCGUUGCCAGUGUCAAAUAUCACCUCCUCCUCACUCCCGGCUUUCCAGGAACCAGCAGAGGAGUGA